GGGCGGGGCUUGGGUAUUUCCAAAUUUUUGCAACAAGUCCAAGAUUCCAUUGUUAGACGAGCACGCAGUGUUAAACCACAACACAAUACAGAUUUCGGCGCUUUCUGUAAAACAUGUCUGGGAAACUGGAGCCGUCCACGUACCUUUUCGAUGUGCCGCCGCUGUUAAUGGAGACAUUUUGUAAAGUGAUGGACAGCGGCUUGGACAGCCUCGGAUGGAGAGGUUUGGCGGCUCGGAUUCUGCCCAGCUGGCUGGAGGUCAGGUGCUCGGAGAUGUACGCAGCUGCCGGGAAGAGCCCGACUCAUGAGCUGCUCUGGUCCUGGGCUCAGCAGAACAAAACUGUGGCGGACCUGAUGAGGGUUUUGGAAGAGAUGGGACACUAUCGAGCACUCGAUCUGUUCCGUUCUCACGACUCACACAAAGACACAUCAUAUCCCUCUUCAGCCCAGAACAUUUCUAAGCCUCGACCUCACAAUGAAGAACCAAACCUGGGUUCAGAUCCUCACCAUGAGUGUGUGUUUGAUAAAGGCACACGACAGAAGGUUGUGAUUACUUACUCAGAAGUCAUAGAGGGAACUAGGAACUUCCAUCACGAUUUGAAAAUAGGAGAAAGCACGUUUGCAGAGGUUUACCGGGGAAGACGAGGAAAUGAAAGCUUUGCUGUGAAGGUUUUCAAGCAGGGGAGCAAGCAGUCUUGGAAGGCUUUGUGGGAAAAGUUCAAAACAGAAAUCGAAGUUCUACAGUUCUAUGAUCAUCCCAACAUCCUGGAGCUUUGGGGUAGUUUUUCAGAGGAUGAGCGCUACUGUUUGGUCUGUCCGUUCAUGUCUAAUGGAUCUCUGUUUCAUAGACUGCAUAAUGAGGAAACCGAGAGGCCUUUGAUGUGGCAGGAGAGACUUGACAUUAUAAAAGGUACAGCAAAGGCUGUACAUCAUUUGCAUACCACCCAGCCUUGCAAGGUUAUCUGUGGAAACAUCUCAAGUUCAAAUAUUCUACUGGAUGAACAUUUGCAGCCCAAGCUGUCUAAUUUUGGAAUGGCUCGUCUCAGACCCCACACAGUUAACCAGAGCUGGACCAUCACCAUGGACACAGGCCCCCGCAGCAACAUGGCCUACUUACCAGAGGAGUAUAUACGUGAUGGCAAACUAUCUGUCAAAUUAGACAUUUACAGCCUUGGUAUGGUCAUUCUGGAGACAUGCACAGGCAAGAAAGUGAUGCAGGAGACACCAAAGCAAACAUUAUUGAGGGAUGUGCUGAGUUUAGAGGCAGAAGAGAAGGGCUGUGUGGAUGCCUGCCUGUGCUUUUUGGACUCCAGAGCAGGACAGUGGUCCACUACAGUUGCCCUCUGCCUGCUCCGUCUGGGCCUGGAGUGUACAAGCAGUCGAGCCCGAGCCAGACCAAGCAUGGACAAUGUGUUAGAGAAGCUUAGCGAGCUUCUCCCUUUGCCUUUUGCCCUGGAUGAGCAGCCACGGACCCUGGAUGACACGACCCCACCUUUCAUACCUCUCGCUGAUCAUAGGCAGACCUCCAGCCUGCCUGAAGAAGAUGAUGAAAUGAUGAAGCCUAAGCACCCUGAACAGUCAGAACCUCGAGAGUGUAGCCAGUCAGAGGUCAUUUUUGUGGGCAAGAAGGAUGGCUCUGUCAUGAAUGGAAGGAGAGAGGAUGCAGCUGUGCAGUGCCUUCAGACAGAGUCCACCCCUGUAUUGGAUCUAUACAGCAGCUGGCCUGUUGAGUGUAGCUGCGCAGCCGGAGCAGAAAUGGGCUGUGAGGACUGUUGUGCCAAUGGCUUUAGCCACAAUCCAUCAUUCAUCCCUCAAGAUGACAGAAGACAGACAUCUGAAAGGACAGUUGAAAAUCCUGCUAAAAUGAGGCUUCGGUGUAAAAUCCAGUUGUACAAUCAAGGCUUACUCAAGACAGAGGAACUUCUUUCAAUGACACAAGACUGAUUCUGUCACUUUGUAUUGUCCAUAUCUGGGGUUGUACAUAUUUCAGCAAUACCUCAACACUUCAAUUGCCAAACGAUUUUUUUUUUGUUACAUAGACCACAAACUCAGUUAUUUAAGUUUCCAAAUGCUGUAAUAAAUUAGGACUUUUUCAAAAUAUUGUAUUCUAUGAUUAUGCAAGUUUGUAUAUUUUAAAAUAUUGAGUAUUUUGUCUAUAAAACAGAGUGAAUUUUAAUCAAUUGUGACUUUAUUUGCCUCUCUAACAUAUAGACAGUUUUCACAAACCCUAGCCCCUACUACUAAUUAAUAUUCAUAAAGCAGAUCCUAAUGUUCAUUCAUAUUCAUUAGCUUGUUUAUAGCCUUCACAAAGUGAGAAGUAUUUUGCAUGUCAAUACAAGCAGAUUUUUUUUUUAAAUCCCUAUUUUGUAAUUGUUUUUAUGUCAAACCUAAGCAGGGAAAUGUGAUUCAUUACAUAAUGUCAUGAAACCACAAGCUACAUGAUUUGUAUGUACUGAUAGUACUGUCUCACUGACCGUUCAGUGCUCUCCUGAUAAAAAUCGGUUCUGUGCUGAGUGAGUUGAGCAAGCAGGUUUUGUGUGUAGUGAACAGAUGAAGGGUUUAAUUUGCCUUUACAGCAAUUCAUCUGUCUUGGCUCAUUUCUCCAGGCUUGGUUCAUUUCUCAUUUUGAGUAUGUGUCAACUAAUGUUAACUAGAGAACUGUCUGUAUUGUCCAAAAUCACAUACUAGUGUAGUGUAAUAUUGUGUGAAAAUAGUGCGCCACCCACUGUUACUUUGCAUAAUGGAGUAGCCUUCAAGUGGUGACAAAAAGUACAUUUUACCAGCUAAAAUUGACUUUUUGUCACAGCUAAAGUGAAUGAAACUUUUAAAAAUAUUGAUGUUAAAGAAUUUGCACUUCUUAAAAGUAAAACAUAUGGUAGAAGAUAAACAAAUCACUUUACCUAGAUUGUUCAAGCAGAAAAAUGGUUCCCAGUUGAGUGACUGUUGACUCUGAGCUUGAUGAGUUUCAUACUUACAGGUAACCCUUUUUCUUUUAUCUAGUGCAUAAACCACAAGUUACACAUUCUGUUAUUUUGAGUCAGGACCUUAUUCUUAAGCUGGUAUAGCUUAUUUCCUAAUUAGGUUUACCCUCAUUUCAGCUGGAAUGUGUAAUGUAAUGUAAGGUAAUGUGUUCACAGGACGGGGUGAGCUGAGUGAGCCAGCCUGCGUUGAACCUUUCCUCUGUAACAGAUGACUAUUUGGUCUGAAUAUCGAAUGGCUGCUACGUGGUCUAAACAGUACCAUGUACAUUUACAUCAAGGCUUGAUCUGCAGGCCAACCUUCACCUCAUGGAAUGCUUCAAGCUCUCUCUCACACACACAUGGCAAAUUUAAAUCGGCAUAAAAUGACUUUAUUCGGAUUAAUUUGCUACUGUUUUAUGCAUGCUCAAAACUGAUCCAGAUACCAAUCUUUUUUUGUUUAAACUUUAAUCAGGA